AUACGGAAUUUGCCGAAUGCCACGUUAACAAACGUGCACAGAUGUGCUUGUAAACUUUGUUGAUUUUUGGUGUAUAUCUAGAUUUAUUUGUUUUCACGUUUAUCAUGGAUAUGACUAAUAUAUUUUUUCUUUUGCUAAGCAUAUGCUUGGCAAAUGUAGACGCUCUUAUGUUUCAUCUAUCGCCGAAUCAAAAGAAGUGUUUGAAAGAGGAGAUUCACAAAGAUGUUUUGGUUACCGGCAACUACGAAUUGUCAGAUGGUCCCGGACAAAAAACAAACCUAGCAGUAACAGAUUCAAAAGGCCAUAUAUUAUACUCUAAGGAAGAUGCCAGAAAAGGAAAAUUUGCCUUCACUACAGAAGAAUAUGAUAUGUUUGAAGUUUGCUUUGAGUCUAAAAUGGUUGCUGGAGGCCAGGGAGCAGACAGAGAGGUGACACUAGAUAUGAAACAUGGAGUGGAGGCAAAGAGCUAUGAUGAUCUUGCAAAAGCAGAAAAAUUGAAACCAUUGGAAGUAGAACUACGACGUCUUGAAGAUCUCUCUAAAUCUAUUGUUGAUGAUUUUGCUUAUAUGAGAGCCAGGGAAGAGGAAAUGAGAGAUACAAAUGAGUCCACCCAUUCAAGAGUUAUGUACUUCAGUUUAUUUUCCAUGCUAUGUUUACUUGGUUUAGCAACUUGGCAGGUCCUGUAUCUACGAAGAUAUUUCAAGGCAAAGAAGCUCAUUGAAUAAAUUAGUCAACAUGUGCUGGUCAGGGACAAAUAUAUAUGCAGCUUACAAAAUGUGUAACCUUGAGAAGAAACUGUGUGUGAUGUGAUAAAAAAGUGAAUAUAGUCCAAAGACGCUUGAUUAAUUUGACUGCUGUGUACUGUCAGACAGUGUCUCACACCAAAGUUUUGUUUGACAGGUUUGGGCUCAAGCUGGGUUUUAAGAAGUUUGGGUAAAGAAAAUAAUGGAAAGGUCCUGCGUUAAUGUUAUAAUUUUCCCUCCAUUUUUACUAGUUCUUAAUUAACUAUACAAUGUUUUAUAUCCUUGUCUGUUCAGCAGACCUGAUCAAUCAACUAAGUAAUAUGUGAAAACUUUUGCAAUUUAUUUUUGAGGAUUUCAACAUGACUGGAGAUCAUAGCAGACAUUGCAGUUAUCUAACUGAAAAUCUGUACAAAAGUUGCAAUUUAACGCUUGACCACACAUGCACGCACACACAUCUGUAGGAGAAAUUGGUAUGUUUUUACAUAACUUUACACAAGCUUGCAAACAAAGGAGAAAGCAGAACACAGCAGCUUGUACAGUUUUUAUUGGUCUGUUAAAAUUCUUUUAGAACUUAUGUUUCUGAUCCAUCCAGCUUGAGCCCUUCAGCAAUACAGAUAACUUUUUUGAAAAAUUGUGUCUAGAAGUGCCAGAGAUAUAUUGAUGAAUUUUAUAUGUUUUAAAGGUAAGUUAAUCAGCUGAAGGUGUUCAUAUUUUCCGUUUUCUGUUAUAGUUUUGAAUGAAGCUGAAUUUAUUCCUCCCAAACUGUUUAUUUGAAUGAAUUAGGUGAAUUUUAGUUAAAACUUUGACGAAAAUAAAAUGAUUUUUUUUUAAGCUGCAGUGUUUUUAGUGUUUUAAAAGGCAGUAUUAGACAUAUUUUGUCAGAUGCGUACUAAUUUAAUUUGCAAAAUAAAAUAAGUUCAAGUUUCAAAAAUGUUAAGACGUUAUUUGAACUAAGACUACAACUUUCAUAAAAACCAAACUGUAUUCAGAGUUUCAGAAAUCUGCAAAUUUACUGGAAGCCCAUUGGGCUACCAAUAUUUUUGUCUGGUAGCCCGAACAUUUUAGUUUAUUUGGCAAUGACAGUUUAGGAUUAUUUGCUAAGUGCUUGUAUACUACAGUUGGAAUGGAAUGCUAAAGUAAUACAGGGUUUCUUAAUUCCAGCUAUAUGCAUAAAUUAUGUUGUUGUAGACUUUGUUCUCUAAAAUAGCAAUUGCAAGUAUCAUCUGACACUAAUUUUUUCUCAUUUUUAUUUUUUUAUUUUAGAAGAUAAAAUUAUUUAAAUUGGGAAUUCUUUUCCCUCUAAUUAUUGUAAUAUGACAAUCAUAAAAUGAAAGUCGGUCAGUUUUUAUAAACUUGCAAAUUCCUUAUUAUUUGCAACUUAUCUUAUAAAAUCAUUUUAAGUCAACAAAUAAUUCUGUCUGAUUUUUAACAUUUUUUAAAAACAGUUUGAAAAAAGGACUAAAGUCGAGUAAAUUAACGUUUCUGUCUUUCUUGGCACUGUGUAAUUACGUAUCCGAAACUAUGUUUGUCCGAAAUCUGGUAUAGUUUCGGACAUGAAUGCGUCAAAUUUUGCUAAAUUUUUGUCGAUUUUGCAUUCUGUAUAAGUAUUUAAAAGUAAAAAGCAUAAAGUGGAUGUAAGCACUUAACUCAUUCAUAAUCAAAUAUCACUGAUUCCUACUCGAUAAAUAUUGAGAUCAGCAAAAACGAAAGUACACUUUGGCAGAUGGCGGUAAAAUGACGUAAUUUUAAGACUGGUUUGCAUAUUGUUUUGAACACUACUGAUCAGCAACUUGGAAGCUUUUGGAUCAGUCUAAAAUCUCAUGUGCACACAUAAACAUUUACCUCCAGGUACGAUUAAAAAUGGUUAAUUGUUUGCCGACUGACAGUACUGUGACAAUAGGUCGUAAGAUAAUUAAUGCCUUCAGUGUGUAUUUCUCGAUAAACAAGAGGAUUAUGUGAAACUGUCAAAGUUAUGCAUGAAGACUAGAUUAUUGAUUUCCAGGCUACUCGAUAAAAGGUUUUAAGGUAGCCCAGCAGGCACGCUCUGAAAAUAUUUAGUAGCCUGACAGAAUUUUCUGGUAGCCCCCAGGCUCCGGACAUGGGAUUUCUGAAACCCUGGUAUUAAAGAAUUGACAAAAUGUAAUGAUGAAAACAGUUAUGUAAACUUCUAGUUUUUCGAUUUUGCACUCAGUUAAUCAUAGUAAACUUCGUUAGUGACAGAACACUUACAUAAUAUUAACAAACUUAGGUGUCCAGGGUGUAAUAGUGUAAAACACUUUGCUCUGCGGAUAGUAAGAAUGAUUAACACAUAAUAUCUUUUAAAAGUCUGAAGUACAAUUUCAUCUAUAGUGUUGUUACAUAUAUCAGGUGUUUAAACUUUUACCUACGAAGGAGGGAAUCAUGGUAGAUUGUGUUCUGGUUUAUAAUGAAGGGUCUGUUGUUAGAGAUUUUGUUUUUGUUUGUGAGCAAAUUAGGCAGUUUGUAGAAAUAUUUUAUACUCAGAAAUUCUCAAAGUAUGAUAUUGGUUUAGUAUUUUGCAAAUCUGAUUUAAAACAUUGUUUCAUUGGAAAUAGCUGUUCUUGAAUAAACACUUGUGAAGGGUACAACAGUUGCACUUAUAUUUACUGUUAUAAGGCUAUAUGGAAUGAAUCUUGUUAAACAUCUAGUUUAUGAAGAUAUACCUGUGUUGUUGAAUGUAUGAUUAUAAUGAUAUACUGGUGCCUUUCAUGUACAUUACAUUGUCAUCUUCAUAUAAAUGUGUAACAUAUCAUUUAACACACCUAUUCUCAUUGGUUAACUUUGUGUACUAGUAUACUUAACCAGUAUUCUUACUGCAUAGCAUAGUUUUGAUUAUGAGAAAAUAUUUAAUCUAAUGCAGUUUCUGUUUCAAGGACAUUGAUUUUCCUUUAAUUUAUUUCUUUUAAGGAGGUAGGUUACCUUGUUACAAGCGUAAAUUCAAAUUAGUUGAACUGCAGCAUUUUUUUGUAUUUCGUGAAAUACGAAGUUUUAACUGCUACAAUCUCAAUUUCGUUUGUCUCUGUCUCUUCAAUUUCAAUUUUUAUCCAGGUUUGAAGAACAUGACCCUCCAAAGGUAUUUCAUAUUGAAAGAAGAAGGAAAAUACAGAUAUUUAACACUUCUCAUUGUAUUUUAGUUCCAUUGAUAUCCGUGGAAGUUUGCAUAAUUGAUAAUUUUACUAGUAUGCGCGUUAGCUUUCUAAUAUAAGCUUAGAAUGUAUAUGUCGCGGGGCUCGUGUUUCCAUGGUAACGCAUUUUCUCUCAGUUUUAAACAACUAUGUAUAAAAAUAGGUGUUUUCGACGGCUUCAGUGCCAUUCUGUUACUGACCAACAUGAAAUAUUUGGGUAAUAUUAUCAGCAAAAUACCAAGCACUUUACAUGGUACCCUAUUUUUCUUAAAUUUUAAAGUAACCAUGGCAACAGAGAUGUUUAAAAUAGGUUAUUUCUUGCUUUUUGUUGUAAUUUCUUCAAAAAAAUAUUGAAUAAGAUUAUCUUUCUAGUUGAUGUAGCUUUAAAACAUAUUAUUUCUAACGUAAGUUACAUUUUCGUGUUAUUUGCAUUUAUUCAAACAAAUUUCACAGCUUAGAAUACGUACAGCAGUACCCCUGGUCUGCCAUUUCCAUGGAAAAAUCGUUCAGCGUGUUGCUAUUAUUCUUAUGGAUAUUCUUGAAAUGAAAAUAAAAAGCCGAAGCUGUGUUUCUUAAAUAGACCAGUGUCAUCGCUUUUGAAUUUUACAUUUAGAUACAUAGGUUACGGGCUUCGUUUCCAUGGUAACAUCAAUUCAAUUCAAGAAACCACAAUUUUCUACAGAAAUCUGAACAAUUUUAGAUCUUAAUUUUAGUAUUUAAGUAACAAAUUAUCAAUGGAACCUGCAAAAUAGGUAUUACAAAACAAACUGCUGGACUUUUUAUUUAAAAAUGGCCGUAACAAGUAACCUUUCACCCAACUAUAUUCCAAAUAACACCGGUUGCCAUCAUCCAUUUUCUUACAUUCCGUAUAACAUUUCAGUAUAACUACAUAAAAGAAGCAAAAUAUUGAUUGUUAUUUAGAGCAAAAGACUCAUAAACAUAUUUCAGCAAAUAAUGGUUAAAUUGAAAAUAGUUAAAAUAAAGAAAAUGUACAGAAUCACGUACUUUCGAGAUAAAAGCUAUUAAUUUUGCGUGGUAACUGACACGUAACGUCAUGACGUCAAUGACGUCAUUUUAAGGCAACAUUGUUUUGAAGCGUUUCUGUGGAAAUCUAUUCAUUAUUUCUGCAUUAUUAAACCAUAAAGCAUCAGAUCGAAGACAGGUUCAUGAUUUGUUUUCAGAAGAAUGAAUAUACAAACACAUUUAGUUUGUCGUAAACGUCGUCGUAAACUGUCACGUUAGCUUCCGGUUGGACAUGCGCACAUACAAAUAUGAAGGUAUCCUACCUCCUUGAAGCAUACUUUGUAACAGGUGAUGGACCUGUAUAACAAAGUACCUCCUGAAAACUUCUUUUUCAAAUAAGAAAUAGAAUGGUCUUUCUGUUUAGAAUUGACCAGUUAUCUAACUAUUUACAUACACAAACAGGUUGAAAGUGUGGUGUUUUGUAUGAUAAAGGUAAAUUUGUUUGUUAUAUGUACAUUUGUAAUUGAUGUAUAAUUCGCUCAAACAUUAACCUUCAUUUUAUUCAUUAAUAUAGCGGAAUCAUGUGAAAUAUUGUUACAUAAUUAUGUGUAAUCAUAUGAAAUAUUGUUACAUAGAUGUGCGCAUAUACUGAUGUAAAUAAUUCUUACCUCUUAUGAACAGACUGCUAUUAAUGCCUUUUUUGCUUCCAAAGUUUGGUCUUAUAGAUUGAGUUAGUAUGUAUAAAUGAUUUAUAGAUGAAUAUUUAAAGAAUGAACUGUUUCAUCAUAAUACAAGAUAUUUACAUUCGCCCUAUUAUUUUUCAAUUAUGACGUUCAUUUCGUAUAAACAGCAAAAGGAGAGGGGCGAAAGUUACGUCAGUGCUGCUUAGUGAUAACGGGCCGCUGUUUUGACGACGUCCGCGUAUAGUCAGGGAGAAUUUCCUUAGAUGACAUCGCAGUUAUUCCAUCUGUGAACAGAAUGGCCGGGAAGCUGAUUUUAAUGUUAAAUGCAACAAAAUAUGUGCAAUUUUAAAUUUACUCUUGUUUACAAAUGGAAAGGAAAUAUAAUGUAUAUAUAAGAAAUGAAAUUUUUUUCAGGUGUUCAUGUGAAAUGGACGACAGAAUAGGAUCAACAAAUUAACCAUGAAUCGCUAGUGCAAUUCAUGGAUUUGCCGAUCCUAUUCUGUCGUUCAUUUCAUAUGAACACCGAAAAAAAUUCAUUUCCUAAUUAAAUUUAAACAAAAGGUCAUCUUAUUUCUCGCAUUUACAUAAUUAACAAUUGAUACUCUGGUUUCAUAUAAUUCACUUUAUUCAUAUAAAGUCAGUAGUAGCAGUUUUGAGCUUUUCAUUUCUGUUCAUGAACAGCGGCAUUUGGAAAAUUUAAGCUGUCAGUUUAUCAGUGUAUAUGAAGUUGUAUAUUAGAAUAUUGGUGUUUUGUGUAAAUAUAACAAGCAAAUAACUUAUGAGUGUGUGUUAAGGAAAUUGUAUUUUUUAUAUGUUUGUUGUAGUCACAUUUUUUAUUUCUGUUCUGUACUAGCAUCACAUCUCAGUUUUGUGGGUUUUUUCGUUCUUGCUAUAGCAGCAUAACUGAUGCGAUAAAUAUUCUCCAGCUUCAUUGAUAAAGUCCAUUCUUAAAAUUUUAAGGGACAUUUUUCCAGAUUUGUCAGAUUUAUCAAAAUUUAGAAAGUAAUUAACAAUUUAUAAAUACCAGUUUUAAAUGUUUUAUAGCCAUUACUUACAGUUUUAAAGAACUUCCUUUGGAGACAUGUCUGUCUUAAGGUUGGACCACAGGUAUUUGAAGAUCAAUCAAUAAAAAUAUAAGCAUGUGAGAUCUCUAAAAUGUGUGUUCAUUGCUUCCCAGACUGUUAUCCAUAAUUCUCCACCUGACAGUUUAAAGUUCUUUUUUCUUGCAAACAUUUGCAUUAUGAUGUGAAAAGGUAAAUCAUCCACUCUCGUGUACUUGUAUUAAAUUUGAAUCUUCUUAUAAAAGGGAUGUGUAAAGUAACAUUCUCAGUUCCAUCUUGUUUGGUCAAAAGGCAUAAUUCUUCUUUUCCAAGUUUCUCCACUUCGACUUUCCACCAUUCCUCCAACUUGCUACCAGAUAAAUUUUGAGCUCACUAGAGCACAAAGUGCUCACAAAGCUAUUGUGAUCACCUUGUCUGUCGCCAACAAAAUUACUGUUAACACGCUAGAGGUGGCACUUUUAGCCCAAUCUUAAUGAAACUUUGUCAGAAUAUUACCAAAAUAAAACCUGGGACUAAUUCGUUACUUGGUCAUACAGGGUCAAGUCACUAAGUCAGUUAAUAGGAAACCUUGUAAACACUCUAGAGGCCCUUUUUUACCUCAUCUUUAUAAAAUUUUCAAGGAAAAUUCAGAACUGGGUUACCCUAGAUAAAAAACUAGGUCACUUGUUAACACUGGGGGGAAGGGGGUGGAGGGGGGCACAUUUUCUGUUUGAUCGUCUUAAAACUUUGUCAGACUAUUGUCUUUACAAAAUUUUAAACUAGGUUAGGUGAGGUCAGAAACUAGGUUACAAGGUCAAAUCAUAGAAAUACUUUUUUUAAGACUAUAGAAACCACAUUUGCUAGUGUUUGUCUCUAUAAAAUCUAGGUCAAGUUAAACCUUGGUUACCAGAUGUCUUAAAACUAUGUCAGAUCAUUGAAAACCAUUGUUCACACCCUAGAGGUCACCUUUACCACUUGGUCUUGAAGCUGAUCUUUAUGAGACUUGGUUGGAAUGUUUGUCUGUUAAAAAUCUAGGAUAAAUUGUAACUGGGUCACUAAGGGAAAAACAAGAUCAUUAUAUCAAAUCAUUGAUAACUUUGUUAACACUUUAGAAGCAACUGUUUCAACUUGAUGUCAUAAGUCUUUGAUAAUGAAAUCUAGGUCAGGUUUAAAAGUAGGGAACCUAUUUUCAAAAACUGUCACUAGGUCAGAUCUUUGAAAAACAUGGUUUAUUAUCUACAUGACAUACAAAAAAACAUGGUACUAUAAAAUCUAGGCUAAAUUAGAUGUUACAUUAUCUGGGGUAAGAACUAAGUCAGGUGAGCAAUACAGGGCCUUCAAGGCCCUCUUGUUAAAGUCUUUAAUUGAUCCAAUCUAAGUUAUGGCUCCUGUCUUCUCACUCUUAAUCAGUUUCAUUCUUGAUGUAAUACUUUUUAAAGAAAAUCGAAAAUAAAUGGAAUGAAAUCUUAAUAGAA